AUGGUUGUCCACAUACGCGGUUGUAAUUUCAGCACCACAGACAGCUCUCUGUCCAGCUCCAGCCUCAGCACUGACGCCUCCACCCUGUGGGACUCCCCGGCGCCCCAAAGCCCCGGCGGGCUGAGCCGGACCGGCCACACGGUGGUGGCAGUAUGCCUCGGCUUCAUUUUAGUGGCGGGGAUCCUCAGCAACUUCUUUGUUCUUCUUGUGUUCGCAAAGUUUCGCUCCCUGUGGACACCUAUCAAUCUCAUCCUGUUGAACAUCAGUCUGAGCGACAUCCUCGUGUGCGUCUUCGGGACACCUUUCAGUUUCGCUGCGAGUCUGCACGGGAGGUGGCUCUUCGGGGACCACGGCUGUAGGUGGUACGGGUUCGCCAAUUCCCUCUUUGGGAUUGUGUCCCUGGUGUCCCUGUCUGUUCUCUCCUAUGAGCGUUACACCACCGUGCUGCGUUGCUCAAAGGUUGACAUCUCAGACUUCAGGAAGGCUUGGUUCUGCGUUGGAGGCUCCUGGCUCUACUCUCUCCUCUGGACGCUGCCGCCCUUCCUGGGUUGGAGCAGCUACGGGCCUGAGGGACCCGGUACCACAUGCUCUGUCCAGUGGCACCUGCGCUCACCCACCAGCAUCUCAUAUGUGUUGUGUCUCUUUAUCUUCUGUCUGCUGCUGCCCCUUCUACUCAUGGUCUACUCUUAUGGCCGGAUCCUGGUUGCAAUCAAGAGGGUGGGUAAGAUCAAUCUGCUGGCAGCUCAGCGCAGAGAACAUCACAUUUUGGUGAUGGUGUUGGCCAUGGUGUCCUGCUACAUGCUGUGCUGGAUGCCCUACGGUGUCAUGGCACUGAUGGCCACCUUCGGUAGGUCGGGACUUGUCACUCCCAUUGCAAGCGUGGUGCCCUCCGUCCUGGCCAAGUUUGGCACCGUCGUCAACCCCGUCAUCUACGUGUUUCUCAAUAACCAGUUUUAUAGAUGCUUUGUGGCCUUUGCGAAGUGCAACACAGAGCCGCAGUCUGUUCAAGGAGAGGAACACCCAACUCGAAGGACACAGUACUCUGGCAACUUCCCCGUCCACAGACAAACCUCCCUCAGCUCUUCACAACCUCCAAUCCUCAGCAGUUGCAGAAGUGCUGCCUUGUGCAGCCUGCCCAAUGACUGCCGUACUCUUGUUGUCCACUACACUCCAUAAAAGCUUUUUAUCAUUUAAUCUGACAGACUGUGAAAGUUAAAACAAAUGUUUCUGAAUUAUCGUCUAGAAUCCAAAGUGCAGGUAAAGGACCUCAACACAUCUCUCAACACCCUGCUAUUGAUUUUACAUAUGAAGAUGAAUGUCACUGGCAGCUCUUUUGUAACAUUUGAAUGUA